AUGCGGGCGCCGUGCCUGCUGGCGCGUCGCUCCACGCUGGCGGCCGGGCUAGCGCUGGCGGCCGCCGCCGCGCUGCUGCUCACGCUGUGGGCCGCCGCCGUCGACGACGCCUUCCUGCGCUCCGUGCUGGCCGGCGCGGGUGCCGCCUUCUCCGACGUCACGGGCGUCGGCGCCUCCGCCGACGGCAUCGCGUGCUACGAGCGCGGCGGCGCCGCCUCCGACGCCGCCGCCCCCGGCUCCGUCUCCCCGACGGCGGACGAUUCGUGGGCGCUGCCCGACGUGGGCGCGGAGCCGGCCGAGCACGCGGGAGCCGCCAUCUUCUUCCACGAGACGUCGUGCGCGUCGGCGACGGACGGCGAGGUGACGCUGACGCCGCGGCAGGCGUGCGCCGUGGAGUCGGCGGCGCGCGCCAACCCGCACCUGGCCGUCUACCUGCUGAUGGCGGCGGCGCCCGCGGCCGCCAACGCGUCGUGGUCGCGGGCGGCGCGCCAGCUGCGCCACUACGGCAACGUGCGGCUGCGCCGCGUCAGCCUGGAGCGCUACGUGCGCGGCACGCCGCUCGCCGGCUGGUACCGCGGCGGCGCGCUGCGAGCCUCGCGCUGGCCGCGCUCGCACGCCUCCGACGUGCUGCGCUUCCUCACGCUCUACAAGUUCGGCGGCACCUACCUCGACCUCGACGUCGUCGUCACCAGGUCGCUGGAGGGGAUGAGCAACUUCGCGGGCGCGGAGUCUGCGACGGACGUGGCGGCGGGGGUGCUCAACUUCUCGCCGGACGGCAGGGGCCACGCGCUGGCCGCCGCCUGCCUGGCCGACCUCAGCCAGCACUUCCGCGGCGACCAGUGGGGCCACAACGGGCCCGGCGUCAUCACCAGGGUGCUGAAGCGCGCCUGCAGCGCCAAGCAGGUGCGGGAGAUGACGCGGCAGGCGUGCGGCGGCUUCACGGUGCACCCGCCGUCCGCCUUCUACCCGAUCCCGUGGCGCGAGUGGCGCCUCUAUUUCGAGGAGCGGCACUCGAACCGCACGAUGGCGCGCCUGCGCAGAAGCUACGCCAUCCACGUGUGGAACAAGUUCAGCCAGGCGCGCAACGUGACCGUGGGCUCGCGGCAGCCCUACGGCCUGAUCGCGGAGCGCUUCUGCCCCAGGGUGUACGCCGCCAGCGGAAAAUUCUUCUAGCACCCGCCUCGCCAGCUGCCUUUCUUCUGCCCGCCCCCGUGGCACACGGUGGCCACUGUACAUAUCUCCGUCUCACCCGAGGACUUUCACCACCCCCCUUAUCUCGAGGACUCUGUUGACCGACGUCGACAGCCUUCCGACCACAGCAACACUCAUACGCAGCGCACUCCGUGAAACAUUCCUCGUUUGUUCUCGCCUGCACUACGGCUGGGCGGACCUCCGCAGACUAUUCCCUCACUCUUUGACCAGUGCCCCGAUCACUACUCAGGUUACCAGACGCAUAUCACUACACGUCACGGGCGUCUCAUACACGACCGCCUUAUUCCUCCACACUUUUCACUUCCCGAAAAAAACAUGUGGAAAGUAUUAUUUUUUCCAGCUGUGUUUGAAAUGUGCGUCUUUCUCAGAAGUAAAUCACGUUGUGAAAGGUCUUUGGACUGAACUGAGUGACUGUGUGCGUGUGCGUCGACUGUGCGAGAAACAGCAUUAGUUUCAGUGUGAUUCAUCUUCGUGGAUGGGACCUUAGGGACCAUCACCAGUAUUUCGUUAACAUACUGUUAAUAAAUGAUCCAUUCAGCUGUUCUAUUGUGGUGUUUUAAUUCACAUGCUCGAUUUCGAAAUCAUGCGAUUUCGCUACAAGCGAAAAAUGUAACAAUCGCGGAUAUAAACUUCCUACAGCACGCCAAAAUACAGUCUCUUCACAGUUAUCUGCAUCCAAAAAAUGUGAUUACGUAGUCAUAUCACUACAUUCACACGUAAGUCGGAUCCACAAAUACUUUUACCUGUGGUGCUCUUAAUUUCCCCUCUCACACGAGCUUAUGGUGCAUACAUUUACUUAAAAUUAAAAUAAAUAAUUCAUUUUGCCGUUACACGUAUAAGUGAUGACGCAUUGUAGUGAUUUUAUGUCCACUGUGUUCAUGAUCAUCUUUAUAGCACGUCUGGUAAUGAAACUGUACAAGUUAGACGUCAACCACCACAAAAUAGCUGAAUAGACCAUCCAAUAACAGUAUAUUAAAGACAGCACUGUACUAUACUCUGUAGAGGACAAUUUUAGCCGCGAAACCAAGUGUACUGUAAUGUCUAAUUCACGCAAAUAUUACUGACUUGUUACUGUUGUAAUUUUUCACAUAAAUUUGUUAGCUUCCUUUCUAAACUUGGGAGCACUUUUAUAAGGAUAUCGCCAAUGUUGACGAAACCUGUUCCUUCUAAUAGUACAAUGUUAGAGUGCGCCUUUCGUUUGCCUUAACAAUAUGGCCAGCGAAAGACUCUUUCCGUAAACAUAUAUAAUAUUUUCAUUAUUGUUUAAAACACCCUUAUUUGACUGUGAAUUGCGCUGUACUUCUACACCACUCAUUGUUAGGAAUUCCAAGAAAGUGAAAGCCAAAACAAUAUUAGAUACUUUUAAAAUGGUUGUCAGCCACUAAAUUUAUAAAAUUUUGAAAUCAUUUCACCCUUUAUUACCGUUAGUAGUUUUCGAAAUAAGAUAAUUAAUCUUCAGAUUUGUGCAGUACGUUUAUGAGCAUAAUAAACUUCCCCGUAUAGUUUGUUGUAUGAUUUUCAGUGAGAUGGAGCACUACAGUAAAAACAGUUUUAAAUGAAAAAGAUAAUGAGAAAGAAUUUCGUAGCUACUCGCAAGAAAAAAUCAGCGGAAUGAAUUCAUGACUCGCGUACUUCUUUUGAAAUCUCACUUUUAUUUAGAGUAACAAAAUAUGAUGUCAAGGCACUUUUUGUCGUAUUUUCUGUUUCCAGCAGUAUAUCAACUCAAUUUUUCUACCAAAAUAAGGAAUGAGCCACACCUUAUACACAAAAGAACACCAUGACCGCACGAUAUGUUUGCAAGUAAAUAGAUACCACACAGAGAUGACAGAAAAUGAGACAAAUAUUGUAGACAUUUUGCUGCUAUUAGCUGUUUAAAACAUACCCGAUUAUAUUAAAUAGCCACAGUUACCUUUUUACGUCAGGUAUUAACAAGGUUGCUUUAAAGCCGUUUUGUAAAUCAGGUACGUGCCUCGGACGUGUUGCAAAGGUCUUACCUGCUCGCAAGAUUCUUUACCGUCGAAGCCUCCUGGGUCGUGCUAGACCAGUCUUUGGAAGAUCGUCUUGUCAUCGCACAUUGUUUUAUAAACGUUUCUGAGUAUAGUUUUUUCCAUGUUUAUGCGCUAAUGGUGACUUCAUUUUAACACCACUUAUUCGUUAUCUUAUAAAUGGUGAUUCGUGACGAUGUUACAGACUUUUAGAGAUGAUGGAGAAGGAAAAAUGUAUCAGCUGAGGUAAGGGACCCUGGUCAGGAAACGACCGUGUCAAAAGUUAUGAGCGAAAAUCGUUCUGAUACCUCUGAAAGUGAAUCUCUACUGCUGCAAGCUCUUUGUUUUCCAUAUUUUAAGAGGUGGUUGUAUUGAGUCAAGCAAUGUAGUAAACAAGAGCUUUGGGUGCAUACUUUAAGAGCUAUGAGCACUUGAUCACCUUUGCUACUGUGCAACACGUCUUUUCUACUGAAGAAGUCCUCAUAGCUCUUAAGGCAAACAUUUUAGAGCCCAUAUCUGCUACACAGCUCUUUCUUAUAUUGAUGAAUACUACCUCCUCUAAAAACGUAUAAAGCAAAGAGCUCGCAGUAAGAGGGCCACCGUCAGAGAUAUCAGGACGAUUUUCGCUGAUAACUCUCGACUCGGUCGUUUCAGGACCAGGUUCCUCAGAUUGAUACAUUUUCUCUUCUCCAUCAUCCCUGAAAGUUUGUAGCAUCAUCACGGUAUCAUCCUGUAGAUUUGUGGUACACAGGUUACUAGUACUACACCCUAAGUCUCUGAAGCUUAGCUCACCUGCUGUAACUAAUGGGGUUUGCAGACUGUUUACUGCAUGACACGUCGCACUCAAGACCAGUAUUGUAAACUUAUUUCAUCAUACCUUACUCAGGGUGGAUUCUGGAAACAACACCGACGGAUCACUGUAUAUGUCCUACUGAUGUCUUUCCUCUGAUCUUUAGUGAAAAAUACUCAAGAGCCAUAUCAAAGCUGCCCUCUCGACUGCCAUCUGCCGACGACAUCAGCGGCAACUGUUACGAGGUCCAACGAAACUUUCACAUUUUUAUGAAGCCCUCAGUUUAAAGUGAGUCUGUUGCAGAGCGUGUGCACUGCUUUUGUACAUGUUAGUUGCAGUAUCAGUGCCCUGUAGCAGUAAUGCCAUUCAUUUGAUGAACUAUUAUUGUUUAGUCCAGCCUCAGUCGCCAUAUUUGAAAGAAAAGGGGUUAGAGUUAGAAUAUUAUUUUUCUUCGCUAGCACAUACAUAUUUUUACACUGACGUGCUUGCGUUGGCCGACCUCAUUUCAUUACCGAACUUAAAUCGAGUGAAGCUACCUGUCUUCCACCACGUUCACAAUGUUUGUCUGUAUAACAAUCAUUCUUCUGUUAUUUACAUACGAAGGAGGCAUACUUUCCUCCAGAUGGUGGCCGAUAAUUCUUCUUGGCAGGCAAGUUCCCAGUUGAUCUACGAGCGACAUCAGACCUGCAGAAAUAUUUCGCUUGAGACGCAUUGAGGAGCGAGAAGUUAGUACAUCUACAGGUUUAAGAAGUUCUCAAAGGCGAAGUAAAACAAUACUCGUAACACAUCCUCUUUUCUCUACACUAAGUAUCUAAUCAUGGUAAACUUCAGCGGACCAUAAGCCUUUUGUGCACAAUGACUUAUUGCUGAACCACGAAACAUUGUUUAAAUUAAUAUUUUUUUUAAAAAUUUGAAACGAUGCACGGUAUACAAGAAAAAUUCCUAAUGUGGGCCAGCAUAUGUUUUGAAAAAGAGUACCUCGCAGCACGUUCAUAUUUUUUGUCAGUGUACCCCUUUAAGAUAGUUAUUGCCAAAAGAUUUACUGCGUCAGAACAGAGCUUUUAGGAUGAGGGUGAAAAAAUGGGCGCACGUGAAUGCAACAUGGAACAAUAUUCUCUGUACUAUCUACUGUACAUAAAUGCAAUACGUUGAAUGAACUGCUGUUUUUGUUCUGUUCAGAAUUCUCAUAUUUUCUCAGAAUAAUCGCUACUAAAAUAAAUUGAAAUUUUGAAAAUUCAAUUUUCUGUAGUAAUGCUAUUUUCACAUAGUUUUGAUUUUCAAGUCUGGAGACCGACAUUCGUAGUUGUAAUCGUGGCUGGCACAGUUUGUCUUGAAGAAAUGUACAUUCACUGGUACGUAAUCUGAUUAUGCUUGUGUACUUACAGAGACUAAAUUUAAUGCAUCUUGUAAAUUAAACUGUCCCUUUUGUCUCUUUGAAACACGUACAAUUAGUUUUUAGGAUCAGGUUCAGUUUUUUAAACUAACACUUUCUAGUAAUCGCCAUUUUUAUUCUUCUUGCAUUACGGAAUGGAAUUGGUUCUUUCUAAAAUGUAUGGGAAAAAUUUUAAGUGCCAGCCUCGUAGAUAAGGAGCUUAUGAAUACCAUAGGCUGGUAAAAGCCUACAAACAAGGAAUUUUUUGUAAUAAAACUUUUAACCCAUACAAAUAUUUCACUUAAACUAACAAUAAGUUGGACUUUACUGUUGAACCGUUGCCGGUAAUUUUUUAAAGUAGGUUGAUACAUUUGGUUUUCUAAUAUAAUGACAUAGUUCUGAAUGGAAUUUAAAUUUUGCAAGCUAGACGAUGUUAUAAUCAUCUUGUCAAACUUUAUUAAUAUAAUGACCUUGUGUCUACUUCAACUUUUUCUAUACAUAUCCAAGUCAAAAAUCUUAAAUUUUUUAAAAAAAGAAUCUUGAAAUAAAAAAUGUUUUCUUCGUCACCAAACGCACUUAAUAGUCUGUCGUAUUCAGGAGAUCGAGUGCAGAACUUGACAGAUACUGUUCAAAGUGUGGAAUUUAAAUGGAAUAUUAAAGGUGUGGACCAGGAAACUUGAUGGUGCUGGAUAUUACUGUUCUAAAGAAUGAGUGGUUUGUUUUCUGUUUAUGAGUUGUUAUCGUGUAUGUUUUUUAUACUUUGAAUAAAUGUGGAGCUGAGUGAUCGAAA